GUUUGUACCUUCUGCUCCAUCUCCUCACCACAUCAGCCCCCGGAGAGUUCCGGCUCCUUCCUCAAUACUGCAGAGAACACAGCCUCCCCACACCCAGCAACCAUCAGGUUCACACCUGAAGUCCUAUCAGCCAGAGACGAACUCUUCUUUUCAACCAAAUGGUAUCCACGUCCAUGGAUUUUAUGGACAGCUGCAGACCUUCUGCCCCCCUCAUUACCCUGAAUCCCAGAGAACUGUGCCRCCUGGCAGCUCCUGCAGUGUGGUGCCUUCCUUUGAGGACUGCCUGGUCCCCACGUCCAUGGGCCAGGCUGGCUUUGACGUUUUCCACAGAGCCUUCUCGACUCACUCAGGCAUUGCAGUGUAUGAUUUGCCUUCAGCUUCCUCAAGCCUUUUUGGGGAGUCUCUUCGCAAUGGGCCUGAAGACAACACGUUCUUGCAGAUCAGUGCUGUGGACCGUUGUCCUAGCCAGCUCUCCUCUGUCUAUACUGAAGGCUAGAAGCAUCCCUGGUCUCUGCUGCACAUCCAGAACCUUUUGGUUGCUUGCCACCUUUUGUUCUCCUACUCUUACAGAGUGCACGAAGAAGGAUGUCAACCAAGUCAGUGGGACCUGUAGGGUCACUGUCUUUGGAAGGACUGGAUGGUUCAGAGCUGGCUUUACAGGAAUAUUUGCAGUUGCUCCUUUUUCUCUCUGGGUUUGCUGGACCAGGUGGCCAGCAGGACUGUCUUCUCAAAGGGAAUUUUGAGUCUCACUCUACUGGAUACCUGUUACUUCYUGGAUGUCAGCCCUCAAAGGACACCAGUGAAAUGAUGUGCAUAUGAAAAAGUAGUUUGGGGAUGACCCUUGCUGAAAACUCCAAAGAGGGAAGGACAGCCCAUUAGCAGGGGCAUAUCGAGCUGUCUCACCCAGUGUUCUCCCUCAUGGCUGCUGGGGCACAAGGAGGGAGAUCCAUUUCCAAAGCACAGUGUGGUCUUAACACAUGGCAACUCCCUGGGUUUCCCUCUUAGAUAUCCUCAUGCUAACYGGUUGCUUCUCAGUAUUUCUCCAAUGACAAAAUAAGUCUUUAUAUGUCAGCUUUCUACUUUGUUCUUGGAUUUUAAAGACUUGUUACUUACAUCUUCUUUAAAAAGAAAAAAUUUAAAGGUUUGUUCUUUGGAUAGAAAUCACUAUUAAUUCAAUCACCCAGUUACACUUAUUUUGCCACAGUGUGGCUCUGCCUGGCCCCACCCCUGGAAUAUUAGUUUUACAGUUAGCACAAGGCUACCUGAGGGAAACAGGGUAGGCGCUCUCUCGCUCUCUCUCUCUCUCUCUCCCUCUCUCUCUCUCUCUCUCUCUCUCACACACACACACACACACACACAUACACCUACUUGCUCCCAGUGCUGUAGCAGGAACCCUUCUGGGUUGACUGCUCAUUGACUUGAAAACAUUCAAUGGAAAAAGUCAUUUGAUUGGUCCCCCAUUGCCUGCACUCUGGUGUUCUGCCUGAGAUGUGCCAGAAAACAGGAGAACAGGAUGCAUUGCAUCACGGCCAGGGUCCUCUUGGAAAACCAAAUCAGGGAGGCCUGAUCUCCAUUUUAUUUGCAUAGCCUCUGCUCAGCUCCUUCAGGGAGUCCACUUCUGUCUCCUCUGUACUUGUUCCCUCUCUCUUUUUGAAGACAUGCCCACCACCUGCCUUGUCCUAUCAACUCUUGGAGAAGUAGAGGAAAUGGUUCACAAAAGGUGGGCUGAGAAGGGAACCCUUUUUUAGAACUCUAGUUUAAAGGCUUGGAAUUUUUCACAGUGCAAUUGACAGUUUUAUAUCAAGCCUAAAUAGGAAGUAAUUUUCAGUGACACCUUUACAAAGGUAUUUAAAAGAUACUGUGUCCUAGGGCAUAGGCUGUAAAAUUUGGCCAUACCCCAAAGAUUCAGUCCAUUACAACAUUAUGGUACAUUCACAUUUCAAGUUUCUUUUUCUCUCUUUAAAAAAAUUUUUUUCUGAACAAAAGUGAAAUAAUGCUAUUUAUCCAACUGAGAUAAUUGCAGGCUUCAAUAAGACAAUUAAAUAGCUCACUGUCAGACUUGGGAUCCUAUGACAGUUUGUAUCCUGAUAGACAUGUCCCUCCAUUCUGGUUCCAAAAUCAGAAAUGUUCUACCUGAUCCCAGUAUUCAUUUCAAUUCAUGGUGGAAUAAAGAACCAAGUGUGGAUUACAUUUUUCAACACAGUUGGUUGAUCUAGUUUCUCCAGCUAGUGAGCUGUGUUCUAAGGAGGGCUAUCAUGCAGGUGUCCAAGUCUGCAAAAGAUGUAAAUUAUCCACUUUAUAAAAAUAUCUGCUGUGCUUUCCAAAAGGAUGCACAUCAAGCUUCCUUGAUAAGCGAGUUCUCAGGCUGCAUGUAAAAUCCCACCCUGCUGCAAACUUGGUGGGUUGUGUUACUUGGCCUAAGCAAGGAAACAUGCAUGCUAACAUUGGCUCGGUCAGUAGUAUCCCUCAUUUGUCCUCUGUCACACUCUGGAAAGAAGGGAAGGCUCUGCUAUCUUUAGAGAGACCAUCUAUUUGUUCUUAAAUACUGAAGCUUUUACAAGUAAUUCAAAAUGUAUUUUAUUUGUGUGAUGAGGAGAAAAAUGAUGUUAAGGCAUGGAUGGUUGUUAUUGCAGUUGAUGCUGUCAGCCCUGCUUUGUGGUUUAAUUAAUUUUAAGUAGAAAGGGGAAAGGACAAAGCAUGAUGCUAAACCUCAGAGAUCAGGGAUGUCAUAUACCUCUUUGGUUGAGAGGAGAUGCUGUGAACCAGGCUCUGGUCUCAUGGUGGUCUAUCACAGUGACCCUGAUUCUUCCUUGUCUAAGCUGGGCUUGGGGGGAUCCAAAGAAUGGCCAGGUGGCAGCAGCACCUGUAGCUCCUCCUUUCUCAGAAAGAUUUCAAGACCUGGUCCCUAGGAGAGAGAUGUGCUGUCAGAGAGAACAUGCAAGAAGCAGGGCCCAGUAUGGCUCCUCAGAGUUUCUUGAUGACUGCAGGUUGGCAAUUAGGGCCUAGGACAUGACACAUUCGGCUUCCUUCAGACUACACAAGCUGUCCUUAGACUCCAGAAUUUCUCUGACUUAAAAUUUGUCCCUUGYUUCCUUUCACACUGCAGAAGAUUUUUGUGUACUUUCACCAGUAUUUUGUAUCAGUGAAAGUGGAACUUCAGAAAAUCAUUUCCUUCCAUUUCCUGGCCUUUUUAAGUCUCCAUAUGUAGCCAUUUUCAUAAGCAUCCAGAGAUUGUCAUUCCCCUUUAAGAACAAACUAACAAACAAACAACAACAAAAGUGGUGCUUGUGAAAACACACAGCCCCUUUGGCCAAUUAUCCUAUUACACUGAAAAAUAAAAAAUAAAAAAUCAGUACACUUAGAGACCUCUAUUUCAUUUGCUGCAUUAUCUUGAUUUCCUAAAGGGACUGCAUCAAAAUGUAGCUUGUAAUUUAGUCUCUGAUCAGCAUUUAAAGAUUAUUUAAAUAUUUAAUGGGCUUGUCAGGUCUCUCCCUUUGCCCAUGUCUUCCCCAAAUUACAUAGGUGAUUUUAACAUGGAAGAGAAGUCUUCAGUAGGUCACAGCAUAGGUUCCACUGAUAGUGAARUGUUGGUUUUGUUCCAUUGUUUUUGAAUUAGCAGCUGUCAAGUACACGAGUACACUGAUACCAGUUCUGAACAAGGAUAACUAUUCAACUCUCCCCUCAGAGAACCUGGACUUUUCCAUUUGCCACAAAGUAUUGGGAAUAGUGACUAUAAAUGUUCAGUGUAAUUAUUUGGUAUUUUAUUUGACUGUAUUGACCACAUCAUUUUAUAGCAGCAUUUCUUAUUGGCACUUUUUGUUGGUGGUGUGGAAUUUCUGCAGUUACCUUUUCC